CCUUUUAUUCUGUAUUUUGCCUUGACGCAAUAAAACACUCACAGUCUAUACAGUUUUGUGUUCGUCUUUUGUAUACGAAUAGAUUGUGACGCACAUCAACGAAUCCCGCAUUCCAUUCCAAAAAUAAACCACUUCUUACACUGUUGCAUUGUUUCUGCUUGUUGUGAGUUAUAAAUCGGUGGACUUGUUUGUAUUGUUUUCGCUAUUUACAGUAUUGUUAUUUUUUAUUAAAUUAAUCGUGUUUUACAUUUUUCGCGAGUGCAAGGUGAAUAACUUUUGAAGAUUUACGAGUGUUUUCGUUUAUUUGUGACUGAAAACUAUUUUUGAAUUAUCACACUAGACUAUUACAAUAAUUAGUUUUACACAAUGGGAAGAACUAAGAAGUAUUUGGGCACAAGCACUUCAAGAAAUCCAAAAACAAACACACGUGCUAAGAGAGCGAAGGAAGCUUGGGUUGAACGAAGGAAAAAAGCAACAGAGUCUAUUGAGCCAAUUGCUGAGUGUUCCCAUAUAUUAUACACUGUUGAAGAUAGGGACGAACCUCAAACAGCUACGGAACGUGUGAUUUCAGAUGUGGUGAUGGAUACUAUGGAUACAACAGCCCGCAAUGACAGCCAGAGUGAUACAUCCGACCUCACAUUACUACCUUCGACUUCCACGGGUAAAGGAUACGAGGGUACCGAAUCAUCUAUUACGAGACCAGAAUUAUCACGUAAGGUAUAUCCAGGAGCAAAAAAGCCUACAGCAAGUGCUGCUGCAUCCCGAAGUGAAUUUGGCAUUAUGAGUUCUAUGGAAUAUGAAAGCAUUAUGUCUCAUCAAUUGACGGUGGAAUCUGAAAAUCCGCCACCUGAAGCAAUAACGGGAAACCGAAUUGUGGAAGUUGGGUAUUUUGCACAGCAAAUUAUUAAUGCACAAUACGAACAUAUGAAAAUCUGUACAUUUGGAAAAUUGCAUUUGUAUAAUGAAUACAAUAGGGGAAUGGGAUUGGUGUCCUGUAUAAUCUUAAAGUGUGCAUCAUGUGAUCGUGAAUUUAAAAUAUUCACUGAAAAUCCUAAUAAACAAAGUUCCUCAUUGAUUGAUCAAUCAACAAUGAAUAUAGGGUCUGUGUGGGGAACUAUAGCUUCUGGAGGAUCAUACUCACAUAUGUGCGAAUAUCUUAGCGCAUUAGAUAUUCCUGUAAUGCAUGGUUCUCUGUUUUAUCAACUUGAGGACCAGUUAGGAGAAAUCUGGAAAGAAUCAUUGUGGAAAUCCAUGAAGGCAGCUGGUCUGAAAGAAAAAGAAAAUGCAAUUGCCAAUGGAAAUUUAUGUAAUGACGGCAUUCCAUGGAUAACUGUUUAUUUGGAUGGCUCCUGGAGUAAGCGGUCAUAUGGUCAUAACUACAAUGCACUUUCUGGCAUGGUUGCAAUCAUUGGCAAGUAUACAAAAAAAAUCCUCUAUUUGGGUGUACGCAAUCGAUACUGCUCAGUUUGUGCACGAGGAGAAAACGAAAGUGCAGAUAUCAAGAUGCACCAUUGUUUUAAAAACUGGAACAAAUCUGCUCCAGCUAUGGAAGCUGAUAUGGUGGUGGAGGGAUUUUGCCAAAGUGAAAAUACGCAUGGCGUGCGCUACGGUAAAUUUAUUGCUGAUGGUGAUUCUAGCACAUUCGCUAAAAUUAAAACAAAUGUGCCAUAUGGUAGCACUGUUAAAAAAGUAGAGUGCACAAACCACGCCUUAAAAAAUUAUGGAAAGCAUCUCCAUAAAAUAAAAAGUGAUACCAAAAUUAAUUUAAGUGGAAGAAGAUUAUUGACAGUGGAGAAAAUUAAGCUUUUAACAAAGCGGGCUAAAGCAAGCAUUUAUGAGCAUGCAAACGCUGAGAUGUCUGUGUCUUUUUUGAGAAAAGACUUAGAAAUUGGAUUUCUGCAUGUCUUUGGCGAUCAUAGUAAUUGCAGGGUAAAUAUAUGUAACACUGUAGGCGACGUUUCGAACAAUGCAGUUCCACAGUUAAAAGCGACUUCAAUGUAUGAUCAUAUCAAUGGAGCUUUGGAACUGCUUAUAAGAAAAGCUAAUUUGCUCAUUGAAAAUGAAAAUAAUAAUGCAGCAGAAUGUUUAAUGAAUAUUGUCUCUCGUUUUAAUAUGGGGAAGAGAGUUAAUUUGGUGCAACGUGGAUCAUACGAAAGACGAGUUUAUCUGGCAGCUUUGCGGUACAACAAAGCGUUUGAAUGGCCUAUUAGCCCUUGGAAGAAUGUGACAGGUGCCACAAUUGGUGAAAAUUAUCAACAGUUCAUCAAAACUAAUAUGGCGAUAAAAGAUAGCAAAGUACGGAGGAGAUUGGUCCAGAAAAAAGUUAGUCUCAAAAGGAAGAACAUUGUGAAACCUGUCACAAAGAUAGAUACAACUGCUUAUGGUCCAUCAGCAGAACAACCAGAAGAAGAAGAGCAAAAUAUCGAAGAAGAAUGUCAACGAUUAAUUCAACACUUGCAUGUGGAGGAGAAUGAAAUCCCUGCUAUUGCUGAGGCAACAAUGGGACAAUUUUUUAAUGAUGUGUACAUAAAGUUCAAAGAACGGCGCCUUACUGCAUCAAACUUCGGCAGAGUAGUUAAACGAAGGCCGUACACUCCUUGCCACGGAAUUGUCAAACAAUGCCUGGGGAAAAAUAUUUUUAGCACGGAAGCUACAGAGUAUGGCAUUUCCAAAGAAUCGGUGGCAAUAAAGGCAUUUGAAAAGAAGCAGAGUGUGACUGUAACAAACACUGGAUUGUGGAUACAUAAAGAUUAUGGAUUUUUAGGAGCAUCACCAGAUGGUCUUGUUGGUACAGACGCCAUCGUGGAAGUGAAAUGUCUGUACUCUUGUUCAAAAUUGGAGGAAACUGAUUUGGAAAAAAUAUUACUUUUAAAAAAAAACACCUGUUUGCAACUAAAGGAUGGCAAAAUAUCUUUAAACAGAAGACAUUCUUAUUACUAUCAAGUACAAGGCACCUUGAACAUUACCAAGAGGAGCAAAUGUUAUUUUGUUGUUUAUAUUAACGAUGCAGUUCCACUCUACAUAGAGGAGAUUGAAAUAGACAUUCAUUUUUGGGAACAUGAAAUGGUGCCAAUAUUAUUAACUUUUUACAAAAUGUGUAUUGCCCCAGAAAUUAUAAGAAACAAUAUCGGGAAGGGAAAAAAGUGUGUUGAUCCACAAUACAUAAUAGAUGCGAUAAAAAACCGUGAAGCACAGUUGAUGGAAGCGUGUAAGAAGAAGCGGAAAACCAAAGCAGAAAACCUCGCAGAAAACUAA